UCCCUGGAACAGUUAGUGAGGAAAAUGAUUGGAAAUAACACAAAGUAAUUAAAACAAGUAGGCUAAGAUACUAAAUCUGUUUGAGUUUCUGAAUCUCUAGGAUGUCGUUCCUGGGCUACACAGCUCUGGUCUUAUGCUGGAUAUAUUGUACUGCAGAAAGAGCUUGCAAUGAACCCCCACCUAGGAGGAUUAAAGAAGUGCCUACUGAAAGGUGGGACAAGCCUCCCUAUCCACAUGGCACUAAAGUAACAUACAGAUGUCGGCCUGGAUAUAUAAAACUUGGACGAAUUGUAUUUGAGUGUGGUGAUGGAGAAUGGAAGCAACUCCCACCAGCGACAGAAUGCAGAAAUAAGCCCUGUGGACAUCCUGGAGAUACUGAGUUUGGUUCCUUUGAACUUACCAGUGGAAGUGAAUUCGUGUUUGGUGCCAGAGUGGAGUACAGAUGUAAUGAUGGAUACUGGAUGCUCAGCCAGAGAAAUUACCGUGAGUGUCAGGCAGAUGGAUGGAGCAAUGACAUCCCUCACUGUGAAGUGGCAAAGUGUUUACCUGUACAAUCACCAGAAAAUGGAAGAAUAAUUACAACUGGUGCAUUUGAGCUUGGCCAAGAAUAUUCCUUUGGCCAGGUUGUAAAAUUUGAGUGUAAUGCAAAAUACAGGCUUGUUGGAUCUAAAGAAAUCAUUUGCUCUUCUAAUGGAAAAUGGAAUAGUGAUGUGCCUCAGUGCCAAGAAAUUAUCUGUGAUGUGCCAAAAAUUCCGCAUGGAUAUGUACAGUCUCCAAAGGCAUCUUACAAGGAAACUGAACAACUACAGUUUACCUGUGAUAAAGGAUACAGAUAUGGUGAAAGAGCAGAUGCACGAUGUACAGCAGCAGGAUGGAAUCCAACCCCCUAUUGCACUGAGAUUACAUGCUCUCCCCCAAGAAUUCCAAAUGGGGACUUUAGACCUCAAGGAGACAACUACAGAGAAGGUGAUAUAAUCACAAUACAGUGUAAUCCCGGAUAUCAUUUUAAAACAUUGACUGGCAGAAGCACAGCUGAAUGCACCAAGAAUGGCUGGGUGCCUGAUCCAGGCUGUGUCCAGAAACCCUGUGACUACCCCGCUAUAGAAAACGGCAGGUUAUCUGACUCACUGGAGUACUACAAAAGCUAUUACUUUCCAAUGAGUUUUGGGCAGCACGCUGAUUACCACUGCAAUACUGGUUACUCAACUCCGAGUGGAAGGUACUGGGUUCGGAUGGUCUGUUCUGAAAGAGGCUGGUCUCCAGAGCCAAAAUGCUUCAAAACAUGUCAAGUCAGACGCCUGGAAAAUGGUUAUUUCUCAAGUAGCCAAAGCAUUUACAAGGAGGGUGAAAGAGUUAAAUAUAUCUGCAAUGAUGACUAUCAGACUGAACAUGAAGAUGGGGAAGUCACAUGCACAAAGGGUAACUGGUCACCUCGUCCAAGAUGUAUCCGUAAAAAAAAGUGCCAGACUGCCUAUUUUGACAAUGGCUAUUUCUCCUCGCAAAAGAGAGAAUAUAAUAUACAGGAGAAAGUCAACUACCGCUGUCGCACUGGCUUUGUAACUCCAGAAUUACGAGAAACAGGAGCCACAGAGUGUCGAGAGAAUGGCUGGACGCCAGCUCCCAAGUGCAGCAAGUCAUGUAAAGCACCUCAUGUGGACAUUUUGAAUUACCACGCAGAUAAAACUGUGUUCAUGCCUGAAGAUACAAUUGAGUAUGCAUGUUGGGAGGGGUAUCAACCUGCAAAUAAUAUGCCAACUGGUACCGCAAGGUGUGGCAUAAAUGGUGAAUGGAAUCCAGAGCCCCAGUGUCUUGCAAUCGAAUGUGAAAUGCUGACAUUGCCCAAUGGAGACUUUUCUCCCAAGAAGGGUAAAUACCGCAAUGGAGAUGUUGUGAAAUUUACCUGUACAAACAAUUACGUGAGAGUGGGACCUGCUUCUACUCAGUGCUAUUACUUUGGAUGGUUUCCAUCACCACCUGUGUGUAAAGUGAAUGCCAAAGGCUGUGGACCUCCACCUGAGAUUACCAAUGGAAGUAUUGCUGAUACCUCUGUGAAACGGUCUUAUCAUGGGGACAGAAAGACAUAUCAAUGCAACAGUGAACUGAAACUGGUUGGAUCAAAGGAAAUAGAAUGUGUUGAUGGGCAGUGGUCAUCUCCUCCCUCUUGCAUUGAAGACAAAAUGCCAUGUGGAUCUCCUUCCUCUAUUCCAAAUGUUGUUCUCCAUCAAGAAGACCAGCCACAGUUUUCCCAUGGUGAUGAAGUAAUGUGUGGAUGUAAAGAAGGCACUGGCAGUUCUGAGGAAAUGAAAAUAAAAUGUCUUAAUGGGGAAUGGGAGCCUUUACCGCUUUGUGUUGAUCCAUCCCCUCAGUGUGUUCUUCCAAUGGGUAUUGAGCUUCGCAAGUCAAAAAAGGAGCCUGGGUCCCCUGGAGUUAUACGUUACACAUGUACAACAGGUGACAGAAAGAUUAAAAAGGCAGCUUGCGUGUCUGGAAGAUGGUUACCGGAGAUUGAAUGUACAGCUGAGGAAAGCGCAUGCCCACCUCCACCUCAGCUGCCUCAUGCUCAACAGACAACAGUUGGAAGGAACUACAAGAAUGGGAGUAAAAUAGCUUUUUCGUGUCUGAAGAGUUUCCAGCUCAUUGGCAUGAAUGAAAUAACAUGUAUAGAAGGGAAAUGGCAAUCACCACCUCACUGUGUGGAAAGACCCUGUUUUCCACCACGACCCAUAGAAUGCGCUGAUGAUCCCAGGCUGGAAAAUCAAAACUUAAAAAUUAAAAAAGAAGGGAAAACAAUUUAUCUGGCUGGUGCCAGACUAAAUUAUACUUCUCGUCCUGGAUACAAGUUAGACGGACCAUCAGAGAUAACGUGUUCUAUGGGAAACUGGACUUCAGCUCCUACGUGCUUGGAAAUGCCAUGUGGAAGUGUUCCAAAAGUUGCCAAUGCUCAGACAGAAGGCAGAAGCAAGGACGUUUAUGAGCCUGGUGAAACAAUUCGCUACCAGUGUGAUGUGGGGUUCCUGAUUGUUGGCCCUCCCGAAAUUAUUUGCAGAGAAGGAAAUUGGACAGCACUGCCCAUUUGUGAAGAUGUUACGUGUGGAGUUGCACCUGAAAUUCCCCAUGCAUACAUCACAGGCACUCAACAGGAGAGGUAUCUGCCUGGUGCCAGAGUGCACUUUGAAUGCGAAAGCAAUUUUCAGAUGAUGGGUGGAAAUUAUAUCACGUGUACAAAUGGAGAAUGGUCACAAGCACCAACUUGCAAAGGUAGGAAUCCGUGCUUUGGUAUCGCCUGUUAGCACAGAGGGG